AUGACAGACUUUGGAGAUCUUAUCAAUGCUGUAGGAGAUUUGGGGCCAUUUCAAAAAUGGCUGGUGCUGAUGCUCAGCCUUGCAAACUUUCUAACGGCUUUUCCCAUGUUUGGCCAACUGUUCAUGGUUCUGGAUGUGCCUCAUCACUGUAAGACAAGCUGGAUCUAUGCCAUUAGCCCAAACCUGACUGAGGAACAGCAGCUGAACCUAAUGAUCCCUAGGAACACACAGGGAUCGUAUGAAGAAUGCCUUAUGUACGCUCCUGUGAACUGGGAUCUUGACUCCGUCAUAGAAUAUGGCCUUAAUGUCACUAAGAAGUGCUAGGAGGGGUGGGUCUAUUCUGCAGAACAAAACCCAACGUUGGUGACUCAGUUUGACCUGGUAUGUGACCGAAAAGAGCUAAAUGACAUCUCCCAAUCCAUUUACAUGCUGGGACUUCUCCUUGGAGCUGUGGUCUUUGGUUCCUUAAGUGACAGGAUUGGGCGGCGUCCCAUCAUUUUGCUUUCCAUGCUUAUAAUGGGGGCGUUUGGUGUUGGAGCAGCUUUUGCGCCAAAUUUCUACGUCUACAUCGUCUUGAGAUGUCUUGUGGGUGCUGCUGUAUCUGGAAUCUUUAUAGGCAUCCUGGCUUUAGGAACUGAAUGGGUUGGAGUCCCCUACCGGUCACAUGCAGUAAUUGUUACCCACUGCUGCUUUUCCAUUGGACAGAUGGUUUUGGCUGGCUUAGCUUAUGGCGUUCACAACUGGAGGUUGCUGCAGAUUGCUGGAUCUGCCCCUGUAUUUUGUCUUUUCUUUUACAUAUGGGUCCUUCCAGAAUCUGCUCGAUGGCUCAUGACAAAAGAGAAGGUAAAGGAAGCCAAAAAACUACUUCAAAAGGCAGCAUCUGUGAAUAGACGGACCAUCUCUCCAGAACUGCUUGAUCAGCUGACGCCUGAGAAGAAGGUUAAGUCUGGAAAUAUUCUGGAUCUUUUCCUGAAGAAGCACCUGAGGAAAGUGACUUUAGUUAUGGCUUAUGCCUGGUUUGUGAACAGCCUGGUGUACUAUGGCCUGAGCCUUAACGUGGGGAGUUUUGGCUUGGACAUUUACCUGACGCAGCUUGUGUUCGGGGCUGUUGAAAUACCAGCUCGCUUCGGCUGUAUCUUCCUGCUGCAGUGGUUUGGGAGGAAGAAAUGCCAGGGCUGCUUUCUGCUGCUGGGCGGAGCCAUGUGUCUCAUCAUCACCCGCAUCCCCAAAGAUUUGCCGGUGGUGGUCACGACGCUGGCAGUGAUAGGGAAGUUUGCCAUCGCGGCCUCUUUCUCUAUCUUCUAUGUGUAUUCUGCAGAGCUGUUCCCCACCAUCAUCAGGCAGACUGGUGUGGGGUUGUGUUCAAUGUCAUCCAGAAUGGGUGGCAUCAUCUCCCCUCUGAUUAGUCUCUUGGACAAGUACCAUCCCGCUAUUCCCAUGGCGAUAUUUGGAAGCACUCCAGUGAUUGCAGGAAUCCUCUGCUUCUUGCUUCCAGAGACGCGUGACAAAGAGCUUCAGGAUCACACGGAGGAAGCUAAGGAGAGCCAGUGGGCCAGUGAAAAUGGACACUUGAAACUAAAAGAUGGCGACCGAGAUGUAGGACACACAAGGGUCACGCGUGUUUAGCUGAGCCAGCGAACAGCUAAAAGAUCCUGAGGAAUCAAAGACCACAUAGUGUUGUACUGGCAAUGAGGUCUGCAAGCCAGCAGUGGAUUCAGCUUGGUUUUUUAUUUACAGUAAUUCCUGGAGCAGAAUAGUUCUCUGCCAGCUCUUGUUCUCCUCUUUCCCGUUUGCCUUCCCCAUGUGCUCCCUCUUAGCAUUCCCCAGUAAGUCCCAUGGGCCAUCCUGAUUAUCACUACUAAAGUUUUUUUUCUCCUGCUGAUAAUAGCCCACCUUAAUUGAUUAGUCUCGUUUGAGUUGGUAUGGCAACACCCAUUUUUUCAUGUUCUCUCUC